CGCACACUCCAUUUCCAUUGCUAGUUUCUCUCUCCAGCUCCAACCUCACUCUGCUUCUCCUUCUCUAAUACUCCCUGUACGGUGCCAUUGCUCUUUGCUUAUGCUCGCCAUCGCCAUUCACCAAACAACAAUGCCAUCCCAGGUGUGGGCAUAAUGUGAGUGUUGAAAAUGGCUUAGAGUAAUGUUUUGUGAUAUUGUUGGUGAAAGAGUCAAGUAAAGAGUUAUUGAAGCCGCAGUGAGUCAGUGCCUUUGUCCUCAAUCAAACACUGAUACAGUGGAGUAGUAAAGAGGCAAGAAAUUGAAGGGGAUGUUGAUGAUGAGAAAAAGACUAGCAUGCUGCACAAGGGAAAAGAAAUUUAGCAUCGAUCAUGAUGAGCAAGAAAGGAUUAUGACAUAUAACGGCCUUGAGAGUUGCAUGCUGAAUAACCAGUCUUAUGAAGAUGAGAGCAGAACAAGUAGAGGAGAUGAAUGCAUAACUGAUUCAUUUGAUGACGACGACUCCAGUUGUUCCUCCAGCAAAGAUGCUUUUGGAUCAUUCUCUUCAAAAUGUUUGACAAUGAAAAGGGAUGAUAAAGGACUUGAAGAAUGGGAACUCUCAGAAAGUCCUCAACAUUUUUGUGUCAAAGAGAAGCCUUAUGCUAUCCAACAUUCAGAUAUUGAAGCCAUGAAAGAAAAUUUUUCAAAGCUUUUACUAGGUGAAGAUGUUACAGGAGGAACUAAGGGCCUCAGUACAGCUUUGGCACUGUCUAAUGCCAUCACAAAUCUAUCAGUGUCCGUUUUUGGUGAGCUGUGGAAAUUGGAACCACUAUCUGAAGAAAGGAAGAGAAAAUGGCAGAGAGAAAUGGACUGGUUAUUGUCUCCUACCAACUAUAUGGUCGAGCUAGUUCCUGCUAAGCAAAGCAGUUCCAAUGGUGGGAUUUUUGAGAUAAUGACCCCAAAAGCUCGUGCAGACAUCCACAUGAAUCUUCCAGCACUCCAGAAGUUGGACUCUAUGCUUAUUGAGGCACUAGAUUCAAUGAUAAAUACGGAGUUUUGGUAUGCAGAGGGAGGAAACCGGGCAGAAGGGAGGGACACAGAUGCACAGCAUAGCAAAAGAUGGUGGCUUCCAUCACCCCAAGUACCAAAAAGUGGUCUUUCUGAUACUGAAAGAAAGAGGCUACUUCAUCACGGUAGGUUGGUACGCCAAGUAUUCAAGGCUGCCAAAGCUAUCAAUGAAAGUGUGUUGCUUGAAAUGCCUGUGCCAGCUAUUAUUAAGGAUGCACUUGCAAAGUCUGGAAAGACAAACCUUGGACAUGAAUUGCACAAGGUUUUGACAGCUAAAUCAAGCUCUGGAGAAGACAUGCUUAAAUAUCUCAACUUGAAAUCUAAAAAUCUUGUCCUUGAGACUGUUAAUAGACUGGAAGCUGCUAUAUUCUCAUGGAAAGAGAGAAUUUCGGAACAAGUUAGUGGCAAAUCCCCUGUUCGAUCCUCCUGGUCGCCUUUUGUUAAGGAUCCUAUGUCAGAGGUUGAUAAACUGGAGUUAUUAUUGGACCGUGCAGAAACACUACUACAGCUGAUUAAAAUCAGAUAUCCAAACCUUCCUCAAACAUUUCUGGAUGCUACCAAAGUUCAAUAUGGCAAGGAUAUUGGACAUUCCAUUUUGGAAGCAUAUUCCAGAGUUCUUGGAAAUUUAGCCUUCAGCAUACUGUCUAGAAUAGGAGAUAUAUUGCAGGAGGAUUCUUUAAGCAAUCCUAAUUCACCUGUGGCGAUAAAAUGCUCUCCUGGGAUUAAUCUCUCUCAAACUUGGGAGGUCAGUUCACAUAUCAAGCAGUCCUUACUUGAUAAGAUCAACAAGGCAGAUCGGCAAUAUUGUAACUCUAGCUGCUAUAGUACUUCUGAUUUAGAACUUCCAUCUAUUGAUAUAAAAUCCAGCUCUGUAAUAGCUACACCAAACAGGAGUACUGUCUGGUGCAUUAGUAGAGAGGCUUGUAAAAGUGUGUCUCCUCUAAAUUCUCCAUAGUAGCUUAUGUUUGGCCACUUUUGUAAAUGUUAUUGUUAUUACUACAUGGCAUGCUUAGUAAGAAAAGAAGCAAACUGAUAGGUUUGCCUUCCCAUAAAUUUUGGUUGGCUUUAUAACUAACUAUGCACAAUCCUUGAUCAUAUAUUGUGGUUUUAACAGAUCA